AUGCCCCGGAGUCAAGGUCCCGACUUGGUUUCCCUCCUUCCCGGCUGCGGGCCGAGCCUCGGUUUCCCCCUCCGUCAAAUGAGGACGCAACCUCUGGUGGGGGCCGCGGGCAGGGCGGGCCUGGGAGGUCGCAGCCACGGGGCUCUGGCCGGGCUCCCGGGACCCGCGCGCGGUGGCACCUCCCGCCCUUUCCAUCCGGCCGCUCCGGGAGGGGCGACGGGACCUAAAGGAUGUCGCCGCGACAGUAGCCCCCACGCGCGCCCGGGAGAGGAGGAGACACCCACCUCGGCGCCCCUCGGCGCCCGGGCCGAAGCCCGCGCACCGAGGGGCGGCGCGGAGCGGGAGGGCGCGGGCCUCUGGGCCCAUCUCGGGCCGCGUGCCCGCACCGCCGCCGUCGGGCCGCCGGGCCACGGAGAUCCUCGCGGGUGUUUGGGGCGCUUCGGUCGCACCCCGGCCGACAGAGGCCGAGGCCCGGAUGGACGCGCGGGCAGCAGACCCUCCGACCCUCGGGCGGCCGGACCCGCUCCUCUCCCGGUUGGCUCAAUGCACCACCACUGCGUGGAGCGCCAUUCCCGGCAGGAGGCCAGUCGGGCAGGGACAAGAGCUGAGGUCCCAGUCAGACAGCCCUCAGGGCCUCAUCUCUUCGGCUCUUCUUGGAGUGACUCUGGACAUGUCACAGCCCGCUCUGAGCCUUCGUUUCCUGUGCGUAGAAAGGGGCAGGUAGUUCCCAUCUCAAAGCAGCUGCAAAGGACUGAGUCAAAGCAGCCCGGCUGGAGGGGCAGGACCGGCUGUCCCGGGAGCAUCGCAUCAAGGGAGAAGCAGAUCGAGGGUUGGGGCAGCAGUUUCCCAAGGACAAGGGGACAAAGAACCCAGGAGGAUCCAGCAGGAGAGGGGGAAGAGGCAGAGGAACUGCUGGCUGGACCCAGGUCAGGGGAGCUGCCUCUGCAGCUGCAGAGAGCUCUGGGCCUCAGAUACCCCCAGCCCCACCAGACCCUCCCCAGUGACCAUGCUGGCUGGUCACGUCAUGAAGUCUUCUGGUCGUUUCUGCCUCCUCCUUCUCUGUCUCUGGCCACUGGCUGCCUCCUCCUGCCCUCACAGCCUCAGUUUCUUUGUUUCUUAUUAACUCAACACAGAACAGCCGGGCAGCCCUUAAACGCAAAUGUGGUCGUGAACCUCCCCAGCUUAAAAUCCCCCGGGGAGUCCCUGUUGCCCCUGGAUCAAGCCCUGAGUCCCUCACCUGCCCUCAGGGCCCUGCCCGCCGCUCAGCUUCCCUCUGGCUGCGCCCCAUCCUUCUUCUGUGCUGGGCUCUCGCGACCCCUAAAUGCCAGGCUUGGAGCACAGCAGCGAGGGGACCCAGUGGCUUUGGCUUUGGAAUCAGGACUCCCCCAGCUGUGCGCCCACAGGCAGGCCCCACCUGCUCUGCACCUCGGCUUCCUAAUCUACAGGAUGAGAACACAAGUCCCCCCCACACCCCAGGGAGGUGUGGGUAUGACAGUGUUAGCACAGUGCCUGGCACCCAGAAGGGGCCAGACCUGUAACAGACAAGAUUCUGUUGUUAGCAUCCGAGAUCCCGGCUGUUGAGGAAAUUUGGUUGGGAGUCAUGGAGGGGUGAGAGAUGGGGGUGCUGGGCCCAGGGAGGAGGCAGGGAGGCAGGGAGAAGCAGUCGGACUGGGGGUGUGUGUCAUGUUGGGGUGACACGUGUGCUGAGGGAUCGAUUGUGGAGUGAUGGCCACCAGGUAAGAGGGUCCAUCCAGGUUUCUGGCUUGGACACCCGAGUGGAUGGAGGCACCGCUGCUGGUAGGGGAGCAGGGUGGGGGCCCCCAGCCCUAGGGGAGCCCUGUGAACCUUUGGCUCUGAUCCAUACCAGGCUCUGGGAAUUGGGAGCCCAACACGGCCUGUCUACCUUGGACAUGUGGGCUAUGGUAUAUGGGCCUCAAAAUCUCCUUUCUUUUUGGCCACCCCACAGCGUAUGGCAUUCCCGGGCCAAGGAGCCGAUCGCAGCCACAGUUGUGACCUGUGCCACCGCUGCGGCAAUGCCAGGUCCUUUAACCCACUGUGGAUCGAACCUGCCUCCUGGUGCCGCAGAGACGCUGGGACGCCAUUGUGCCACAGCAGAAACUCCUUCAAGAUGUUUCAGAUGGUUAAAGAGUGCGAGUCCUGGGCGGGUGGGUGUGUGGACCUGGCUGUGGUGGGCUGCCCUGCUCUGCCUGGAGAACUUACCUGCCUGGGGUCUCUCAGUGCCCCCAGCCCCUGUCACCCGGGGGUACAGGCCUGUGGUUAGAGGGACAGGAAGGGAUUAAGGAAAGAAGAAAGCCCAGGUGGGUUGGCCCAUGCGUGGACGUGGAUCAAAGCCUGUGGGUCCCCCGCAGCCUAGGCCAGCCUGAGAGGCCUGGGUCCGGGGAGGUGGCGGUGUGUGGAAGCCCAUUGUCUCCGGAGUCAGGGAGACCCAGGUUCAAAUUCUGACUCUCCCACAGACUGGCUCUAUGUUGGCCUCUCUAAGCCUCAGCCUCCUCCUCCGUAAAAUGGGAACAGAGGUAACGCCUACCUCCUUGCAGGGUUGUUGGAAAGACUAAAACUAGAAAAUGUGUGAUGCGUGACGUGGCCCAGGAGACAGUAAGCGCUCAGGACGUGUUAGCCAUGGUUCGGGUCAUUGUGACGCCUCUGGGAUGCCGCAGAUAUUCAGCCUCCAGGCACUUCUUGCAAGUUCUGUUUCCUCCACUCAGAAUGUCCUGGUCCAGGCGGCGUACACCUCCUCAUCCUGCCGUGCCCAGCUCAGGGGGUUUGUCUCUGGAAGCCCCUCUGAGCUCACCCAGCACCCGGCUGACCCGGGUCCAGCAGUGGGGUGGGGUGCCAGCCAGCUGACAAGGGCAGCCAGGUUGCUGCUGGGCUGGAUGUGAGGGGGCGGGCCUGGGAGGCCCCCCGGUGGUGGAGGCGGAUGGAGGUUGAGCCCACGUGAGCGAAGUGGCUGCUCUCUUGCCCUGGGGCGUCCUUGAUCACAAAUACAGGUGAUGAGGCGACAAGAAAUGUGGGGGUCCUUCUGGGGGUCUAAGGCCCAGACAGGCAGAUGGCACAGGCUUGAGGGCAUGGGCAGUCCAGCCAGGCCUGAUGCCUCCCUGGCCCUGGGCUCAGGUCAAUUCCAGGCCUUUCUUCUCAGCCUGAAUGGGAAACCCUCUCAGCCUGGUGUUGGGUUUCGAGGGGAGGGGAGGGAUUUUAUGGCCUGGGUGAGGGGAAGUGGCAGACAGGCAGGGGGUAGAUGGCUUUCCCGGAAUCCCAGAUCACACUUUAAUAAUUUGUUUCAGAAUUAAUGUCCAUUCACGCCGUCUUCACUGUUCCAGCUCAUUGGAAGAUUAAAUAAAAACCCGUUUCCACCCCCCCCAAUGGAGGGAGACCAGCCCUGUUCUUUCCGGCUGGGCUGGCUGCCUGAAGCCAGCGCAGGAAAUAAAUCUCUCAGAGAAAA